GGGGGCGGCCCUUGCCGUCAGCCCCGCCCGUGCGGGGCGGAGCCGCAGUCUCGCUCUGUGCGCCGGCCCUACCCCCGCGCACUGCUCGCCGGGACAAGAUGGCGGCGGCCGGAGUGGGCGCGGGGCGGAAGCAAGUGCGGCAGGAGGAGUUGCGGCGUCUCAUGCGGGAGAAGAAGCGGCAGAACGCGGACAAGAAGCGGAUCGAAUCGCCCUUCGCCAAGUACAACAGCUUGGGCCACCUGAGCUGCACGCUGUGCAGCGCGCCCGUGAAGAGCGAGCUGCUGUGGCAGACUCACGUCCUGGGCAAGCAGCACCGCGAGAAAGUUGCGGAAUUAAAGGGCGCAAAGCAGGCAGCAAGUGGUUCAGCUGCUAGUACGUCGUCUCAGCCUGUCAAGAGAAAAACUGUUGAUGCAGAAAGUACACAAUUAAAGAGAACAAAAGGCACAGAUGACAAGCCACAUACAUCUACAUCUGGGCUACCAGCAGAUUUUUUUGAUGAAGCAGAGCAAAACAGUGCAAACAAACAGUUUUCAAAAGGUCCCGGUCCCAGUUUAUUGUCAGGAAAUUAUGAUGAUGAUGAUGACGAUGAAGAAGAGGAACCAGAUCAACCAAACAAAUCUUCUGUUAUGCACAAAACUGAAAUUCCGCCUCCAACUCGAGAAGUAAUACCCAAUUCUCUGCCAACAGACUUCUUUGACAGCAGAACUACAGCCACUCCUGUAGUUUCCCAUUCAGGAUCCAUACAGAAACCAGAGACGCAAGAGAAGACAGUAGAACGGAAAGAGAACACUGCUGAGGCCUUGCCAGAAGGGUUCUUUGAUGAUCCUGAAGUGGAUGCAAAAGUGCGAAAAGUUGAUGCUCCGAAGGAUCAGAUGGACAAGGAAUGGGAUGAAUUUCAGAAGGCAAUGCGACAGGUCAACACAAUUUCAGAAGCAAUAGUGGCAGAAGAAGACGAGGAGGGACGGCUAGAUCGUCAGAUUGGUGAAAUUGAUGAGCAGAUUGAGUGUUACCGUCGUGUUGAGCUUCUGCGCAACCGCCAGGAUUUGAUGAAGGAGAAAUAUAAGGAAGCCAUGAGAUUAAGAGCAACGCAAGAGAAAGAGGAUGAGGCUAUUGGUAGCGAAGAUGAAGAAGAAUUGCAGGAUUUGCUGUCUCAAGACUGGCGGGUGAAAGGGGCUUUGUUGUAGCAUUCUUGCAACGUGGCUGAUUAUCACGAUGUUACUUCUUCCAUUAUUAGAAGUGAGAUGUUUUUGUUAAAUAUUUAUUUAAAGAGGUUCGAGAGAUGGUAAAGAACCAACUGUGUAAUACAAGAAAACAAAAAAGAAACUCCAACCUUUGGAGAUCCGCAAUGGUGUACGACUGUAAAAACUGUAUAUUGCAAAUGUUUUACGAUAUUCAGUGUACUUUUCUGAUUAAAAAAACUGUUUUCCUACCAGAGGUAUUUUAAUGGGCUUAAUAAUUAAGUGAAGAAUCUGAAAGCUUCUGCUAACAUUAGAUAUACGGAGACUUGGGCUAUUGCGUAUAGAAGUAAUGGACUAGCAAAAGUGAUGGCUUACAGAGACUUCCUACAUGGAGUGGGUAGGGAAAAAAUCUUAUGCGUUUAUGUUACCUGAAAAGUUCCUAAGCUCUCUUCUCUCCACGGCCCCACCCCCUUUAAUAAAGUGUUGGUUUUUUUCAGGA